AUGCUUUUGAGACGGCGAAAAACGGUGACUGGAAAGCCUGUUUUGCAGCGGAAGCCAACGAUAAAACCUGACAAGGCUAGAAGAGUUAUUAGACGAUUCCACCUGCUUAUCAACAAAAGGCGGGUCAUAGCGGGAAAGCUAAAGCUUCAAGUUGCUGACAAUGAUGAGGCACGGACGAAGGUACUCGUUAAACAAAAGAUUAAGACAUUAGGGUUGGAAUCUCAUUAUCGCGAGGGCUGGAGUGCUUCUCAUCCAGACACACAACUAGAGACCGAUAUGCUAAAAAUUCAUGAAACCCAUCAACUGGAUUGUCUUGCUCGAAUUCUCGGGUACAUAAUGUCUGAAAUAAAUGAGCGUGGCGGCCUUCAGAAUUACCAGAUUGCAAGCACGAUCGGACAGGAUAAGAAUCGAGGUGGAGAUUCGUCCAAAAUUUUGAUAAAAUGGUUCCAAGCCGUUCGAGAUCCAGGGCAUCAAUAUAGAGCCUUAGAACUAGGUUCCCUGAGUGCCAAAAAUGCGAUCUCCACCAGCGGGACUUUUAAGCUCGUGGUUCGCAUCGAUCUGAACUCUAAUGAUCCGGUCAACAUACAGCGCCAGGAUUUUAUGGAAAGGCCGAUUCCUGAGAACGAUUCAGAACGUUUUGACUUGAUCUCGUGCUCACUGGUGUUGAAUUUCGUUCCCAACCCUAGACUUCGAGGCCAGAUGCUCAUGAGACUCAACAGUUUUCUGCGACAGGAUGUAAAAUCAGCCUAUGUUUUUUUGGUACUGCCUCUACCGUGUGUUGCCAACUCUCGUUAUAUGACCGAAACAAGGCUAUGCGAUAUCAUGGCACAUCUCGGGUAUCGAACCAUCAAUCAGCACAAGUCGCACAAAAUCAUAUAUUUACUGUUCGAAAGACAGGCCGACUGCAUUUCAGACAAGGGCGCUAUGAAAGACGACUUCUCCAAAAAAAAAUGUUGCGAGAUAAACCAGGCAUGA